AGGGGAUUCCCUGUACUGUACUGCAGCUGCAAACCAGAUGAAAGUAAUGCAAUAACAGAACGGUGGAAAAUGCGGCGUUAUCCCGUUAUCCUUAAUAACGGAUUACACUAAAAACAUGUAAUAUACUCCCCAAGAAGUCCCACACUCAGCGAUAUGCUUAAACCUGUAGAAAUCCAUAGAAACCUAUCAGCGUUGAUAAGUCAAUAAAGAAGAAAGGAUGGAUCCACACACAAGUGUCACCACUGAGGCCAAAACAGACCUUGUAAACCAUACAAUCCCAGACACGAGCCUAGCAGCUGUAAAGGACGGACUCUUGGACAAUCCAAAUGACUUUGUAACAGCUUGUGUACAAAAUGAUGUAGCAUCUGCUCAUCCUCACUCCUGCAGCAGAAGUCAGACUUGUCCCAAAGGACAAAGAGCAACAAGUGCCAGUUCACCUGCCUCCCAGCCUGGUGCCAGCACCUGCUCUGUGGGCCACUCACCAAAUCCGAAACUCACCUUGUGUCUUAGUAGUAGUCCAUUAAAAGGUGUGAGGACGCCUAAUGAUGUGGAGAUGCUGAGUCCAGACAGCCCAGGGUGUAGAACCCUGCACAGCUCCACAGAUGGGACUCACGCAGGCAGUGCGUGUUCAGAUGGGUCAGAAUUUGGAGAGUCCCCGCAUCCUGUCAAACACCCCGAGUGUCAAAGUUUAGCCAAAGAAAGAGAAGACCUUGUUUCUAUGGGAACAGACCAUUCACAGAUACCAGUGCACACUGGAUCAACUGGGGCAGCUCAAUUCCUAACCCAGGCAGAGAGCAUAGCAUUUGCUUUGCAUAAUAUGGACCGGGACUGGCUUGGGACACCUAUAGACAAGCUGAACAGAAUGCCUCAGUGUGCCCCUCCUCUGUCUCACCUGAAGGUAGUACCCAACCACACCAUCACCAUCAGGACAGAUCUCCUUAAAGAAAGUGAACUUCCUGUACCCUUUCCCACCAAGUUUAAGGACAGCUGGGAUGAUGUGUCUGUGAAGAUGCCCUGCUCUGACAAGAACCUCUUUCCUAUGGAGACUGAGGAUGGAGGAGGAGUCCAGAGCCGAUGGGAGUUGAUUCACACUGCCCUGCGUGGAGGGUUCAAAAGCAGCUUAGAUGUGAGGGAUGCCAUUCUAAGAUACAACACGGCCCAUGCAAAGAAAUGGGACUUCACUGCCCUGAACCUGCUCUGUACUGAAUGUCUGGAGCAUAGUGAGGCACAGCACCUGUUGGAAGUAGUGCUGCCUGCCAUGGUGGACCUGGCCCUCAGUGCUCCUCGCAUCUGCACAAUGCCCAUUCCCUUACUAAAGUCUCGGAUGAACCACUCACUGACGCUGUCUCAGGAGCAGAUUGCCUGUUUGCUGGCCAACGCCUUCUUCUGCACAUUCCCUCGACGCAACUCGCGCAAGUCUGAGUACUGCAACUACCCUGAGAUCAACUUCUACAGAUUAUUUGAAGGUUCUUCUACCCGGAAGAUUGAGAAGUUGAAAACUCUGUUGUGUUACUUUAGGAGAGUUACACAAAACAGGCCAAAGGGUGUGGUUACAUUUACAAGACAAACACUAACUAGUUCCCCAGACUGGGAUAGCUCUCAAAGUCAGCUGACACGUCUACACAUCACCUGUAAGGGGACCAUUGAGGAGGAUGGAUACGGGAUGCUGCAGGUGGACUUUGCAAACAGGUUUGUGGGCGGGGGAGUGACAGGACACGGUCUGGUCCAGGAGGAGAUCCGAUUCGUCAUAAACCCAGAGCUCAUCGUGUCCCGCCUCUUCACUGAGGCCCUGGAGAGCAACGAAUGCCUCAUCAUCACAGGUACCGAACAGUAUAGUAAAUAUUCGGGUUACGCGGAGAGUUACAAGUGGGUGGGCAGUUACAAAGAUGAGACGCCGAGGGAUGACUGGCAGAGGCGGUGUACUGAAAUAGUGGCCAUUGACGCGUACAAAUAUAGGCAUUUCUUGGAGCAGUUCCUUCCGGAGAAGAUUACAAGAGAACUUAAUAAGGCAUACUGUGGAUUCUUCCGUCACAACGCCAACCGCCAGCAUCUCUCCGCCGUCGCUACGGGCAACUGGGGCUGUGGAGCUUUCGGAGGAGAUACAAGGCUAAAAGCUCUUAUUCAGCUGAUGGCUGCAGCGGAGGCCGGGAGGGACGUGGCGUACUUCACAUUCGGAGACGCACAGCUGAUGAGGGACGUCCACCAAAUGCACAAGUUCCUCACGGAGAGACGCGUCGCAGUGGGCCGUGUGUACAACCUGCUGCUCCAGUACUCCAGUGCGGUGUGUAAGAACUGCCGCACUUCCAGGCCGGACGUCACCCUGUACAGUUUCAUCUACGAGAGGGUGUCCUCCUCCCACUGCAGGGGCGCUGGGGUCACCGACACCAAAGAUCCUGGACACGGCUCCUUCACCUCAGACUCCCAUUAACGCCACAAGGACUGUCUGCUCCACACAGCCAUGUUCAGUCAAGGAGUCGGUGUUACAGUUACAGUGCUACAAUCACUUUAAAGGACACAUGUCAUGCAAAAUGGAGCUUUUUUUUUAGCUUUUAACCAUUUUAUAUUGUUGUUCCCUCGUCAGAAACAUACCUGGAGUUGCAUUGUAUGUAUGUGUCAUUAAUCCAAAGUUGUCUUCUUUGAGCACUCACAAAAGAGUUCUGUUUGCAUUUUGCCUGGAUUGUUGCAUCACAGGUAAAACUCUGGACUUCUCCUGUGUAGUUUUUAAGUGCAUAAAGUAUCACCAGACUCUUUCAGUGGUCAAAUUGUGUUCAUAAAGAACACAUGCCUCUAUUAGCAUAGCAGUCACGUGUUUUUUGUUUAUAAAGUGGGUUUUCCAAAUGUAGACAUCAUUUUAAGUUUGAAAAUAUGAAAUCCUUAGUUUUUGGCGAACAAAAGCAUUUUGCAUAAUAUGUGUCCUUUAAAUGGAAGUCGUGUUUGCGCUCAGUGGUACAGUAUUUUAGCUUUAACUCUGUUGGAUUCAUUCAAGAGAAGAUGUUGAACUUUGUUGGCAUUCUAACCAUUAACUUGGGAAUCACUGGUAUAUAAUUCCAUUUUUGUCAAGUUGUUGUUGAGGCUGUAGCCUUUGGAAACAACUUUAAAUUCUGACAUACUGUGGAACAUUACAGGCAAAGCACUUACAUCUCAGUGCAGACUAGAAGAUGGACAACGCCUCCAACAGAAAUAACUGUAUAUUAUUACUAUAUACAUUCUAACUAAAUAUCUCAAAUUGACUUAUUUACCAAAACAAAUACACUGUACCACUUUAGUACAAACCAGGCUCACCUCUCACACAGACAUCCCCUUUAAGUCUGUGAGACCAACACACAAACUACCCCACACACUUCUGCCUUCAGCACUGGCUGCAUUUACUGUAGGAGCCUUGUAUUAGUGGUGUCCAGACUUAUAGCAAUAGUAAAUCCGGGUUGCUGUUUUAGGCCUUUUAGUCUUGAUGUAAUGGGGAGAGAUAGAACAAACGAUAUCCAUAAAUGGCCGAGUAUUAGUAAUAUGCAUGGUGGUCAGUUUUCAGUUUGAUGCGGGUUCUUCUGCCAUAUACAAUGUUCAGUUUUUGUAAUAUCUUACCAUAGUGAUGAGUGCUGACUGAUUUACCAUAUAGUAGUCUAUGCAUGGGUUACAAUUAUUCAUAAAAUACAAUUAAAUGCUGCUUUUUGAUAUCUUCUGGGAUGUCAACAUUUAAAACACUAAUUAUCAUUUAUUUAACUGUCACCAAAUAGUCCACAUGCGCCAACAUGUUAAAGGCUCAUUCCAAUCUGUUAAUUGGAGAGACAGAUCAUUAAAAAAUUGCACGUAAAUAUUAUUUUAUGUUUUUACAAAUGUAACCGUGGUGAUUAUUUUGAUAUUGUUUGACAGGAGCAGUAUUUAAUAAUUCAUAAAGUAAAAAGUGUAUUAUAUUGCCUAAAACUGUACUUUUAGGUUGUAUUCUUUUUAUUAUAAUUUCUUUAUUAAAAUAUAUCCUCUG